UCUCAUGUUCGCCAAGCACUUUUAAAAUACUUUAUGUCGGUAAUAUGCGGACUGCGCCGGUGAAACAACAACAACAACGCCUUUAUCUUCCAAGAUGGCGGCCUCCGUACGCUAGCUAAGGACAAUAUUCUUAAUAGAGCUACGUUACUUCGUACUUAUUCAUAAAAUCAAACGUUUUGUUUUUUGUGUCUAUCACAUAAUCAGCAGACCGCCAGAUUAUUCAAAAAUACAAAUAAUGGUCUAGUGGUUAGCAUGUUGGCCAACACAGUAACAGUCUGGAGAUGGAAGACCUGGGUUGGAUUCUCUCUUGGGCAUUUCUGUGUGGAGUUUGCAACCUUCUUACGCACAAAUCUGUUCUUAAAGCCUUCUUACGAAGAUUUUUGGCAUUCAUGAAACGUGUUCUUAACUCACAGUUCUUAGAUCUAAGAACAAAUUGUACGAACGCUCAGGAGGACUCUUACGCAUCCUAUUGCGCACGAGCACCCCCAGAUAACGACAUGCGCCCCCAGCCACGUCUUGAGCCACAGCACGGGGCUGCUGUAUUAAUUAGGCAGCGUCUAAUCAAAUGUAACCACAGAAAAAAUACAUUGUCACACACAAACUAUGUAUUUUGACUUUAUUUGUCCAUCAUGAUUGUGGAAAUAUUUUCUAGAGUUUCUGAAAUGGUUUGGUUUCUGAUUGAUGGCCCACCUCCCGUUUCCUCCAGAUCCCUCCGGUGCAGUCCAAUCUUUUUUUUUUAGUCUAUUUUAAGUCAAAACACUUCUUUUUAACCUCUGCGGUGGCGCGUUUCUCCGUGGAAACGGCAUUUAUGUUUCCUGCAAUGGCGCUCCAUGCCGACUCUUUUUGGAUGGCCUGAUGACCGGUGGAUACACGUGAAAAUAAGGUGGUCUUGUGUUCGCUCACUCCUUGUAAAAGCACCUCUAUUUCAGUAGAAUUGAACUUUUUCUUUCGUUUGUUGUCCAGCUGCUCCUCAGUCUUGCCCUUGCGCGUUGCCAUCUCCGCCUCCAGCUGCCUGUUGCGCACGGCACAUUUUUGACCUUAUAUGGGAAAUAAUAGGCGGUGACCUAUGCAAAUUAGGGCUCACAUGCACGGGCAUCGCAGUUGGCAUUCAUCAACCUAAGAACACCGGUGCCAACGAUUAUCCCUACUUAAGAACAUGUCGUGAAUGUGGCGCAGUUUCCAACCCGCGCCUUCUUAAGUACACUUCUUAAGAAGACUUUUAAGAAGAUGUUCGUGAAUGAGGCCCAAUGACUUUAUCUCAUAACUACAACUUUUUAUCCCUUAAUUUUUACUGUUUAUCUCAUCAUUUCCUCUUUUUAUUUCAUAAUUAUUUUAAUGGUGGAAACGGGCUUCCAUUUGUUUCGGAUGGGUGUUUCCCAAAUAUGAUACAGUAUACACCUGUACUGUGUUAAGUGUGCGGGACUCAUCUGCCACAUCCAAAAUGGCGGAGACGCUGACAGGCCAACCAAUGAGGCGUCGACGGCCGGAACGCGGCCCGCUGCACUUCCGCUUUGUGAUGGGAAACUCUAUUCGUGUUACUGCCUGGGCUUCCUGCGAGUCACUCGCUGAGAUGUCCAGCAGAUGAUUGGUGGUCAAGAAGGUCCUCCUGGGCCGCAGGGGGGCAGCUCCACUUUGAAGCGGGAGGAUCCCCAGCCUUCCCACGUUAAAGAGGAAGAGGAGGAACUCCGGAUCACUCAGGAGGCUGAUCACACCGAGUUGCCGCCGACUGGUGUCUCUGUGAAGACUGAAGAGCACGAAGGGAAACCACCUGAGUCAUCACAGCUUCAUCACGGUCUGAGCGAGGAGCCUCGGCGCAUGACAACCGAAGCCGAUGGAGACCACCACGCAGACAACCUCCUAGCUCCACUGUCGGAUAGCGAGGCUUCGAGCGGUGGUGCAGACUGUGAAGGUCGCACGAGGGCUCACACUGGCGACAGACACUCGGCUGAAAAACGUUUCAGCUGCUCGGUGUGUGACAAAAGAUUUUCUCAAAAGGUUGUUUUGACUCGACACAUGCGGACGCACACGGGAGAAAAACCCUUUAGGUGCUUAGUUUGCGAUAAGAGGUUCACUCAAAAGGCGCACAUGCUCUCGCACGUGAGGACGCACACUGGGGAAAAACCUUUCAGCUGCUCAGUUUGUGGCGAGAGCUUCUUCUACAAACACUGCUUGACUCGACACAUGGGAACGCACACCACAGAAAAACCCUUCAGGUGCUCAUUUUGUUGGAAAAGAUUCACCCAGAAGGCAUACAUGGAAUCACACGUGAGGAUACACACAGGGGAGAAACCCUUUACAUGUCCCGUGUGCGAUAAAGCAUUCUCGCACAAUGCAGCCAUGGUUUCCCACAUGAGAACACACACGGGAGAAAAACCUUUCAUGUGCUCAGUUUGCGGCAAAAGCUUUUCUUCAAAGAGCAAUUUGGCGCGACACUUGCAGACACACACUGGCGAGCAAACCUUCAGUUGUUCAGUCUGCGGUAAAAGAUUCUCUACUGAGUCCGGCAUGGUCGCGCAUGUGGCGACGCACGCAGGGAAAAAAGCCUUUGAGUGCUCCGUUUGCCCGAAAAGCUUUUCCCACAAGGGCGAUUUGACUCGACACACGAGAACACACACGGGAGAAAAACCUUAUCGGUGCUCAGUUUGCGAUAAAAGAUUCUUCCGUAGAUCAAUUAUGUUGUCACAUGAGCACAUACACAGGAGAAAAACCCUUUAGUUGUUCAGGAAUUCCAGAUGGAAUCACAUACGAGAACACAGACUGGAGGACAAAACGAAGAAAUGAUGACAUCUGAUUGGUUGGAGUUUUCCUCACCUUCCUUCUUUUGGACUGCAGAGAUACGUGUUUGUGUGAACUACCAUAAGUCAGAUUUUUUUGUUUGUGUUGCAUACAUUCUUUACAAUAAAGGUCAUUUUGAUUGUGA